AUGUACGCCGCCACGGCUGCGGCUACCCGCCGCUUGGGGUACUCUGCCGUUGCUGCUCUGCGAAGAAGCAGUGGCCGCCUCUCCAGUUGCAGCCGUUCCCCCUUUACAUCUCUCGCUGCUGCGGCAGCGCAGAGGGCGCCAGCUGCUGCUAUUGGAGACAUUCGUGCUGCUGCUGUAGCUGAGAGGAAGGGGUCUGUCCCGCUCUCCGCUUUCAACCAGCCAUCAGCAGAGCUGACCGAACUGCCAAACGGGAUCCGCGUGGCUUCUCAGCGCCUUCCGUUCUCUGACACAAUAACUGCUGGGGUUUGGAUUGACAGCGGCAGCAGAUUUGAUAGGAAGAGCACUAAUGGCGCUGCACACUUUCUGGAACAUAUGGCAUUCAAGGGCACGAAGAGGAGAUCACGCAUUCAGCUGGAGCAAGAAAUUGAAAACAUGGGGGCUCAUCUAAACGCAUACACCUCCCGCGAACAGACGGUAGGCUUUUUUUCGUUUUGCUUAAUGUCCUGCCCUUCAGUAGUUCUCCAAGCUUUUUGUUUUUGAUCACGCAGCUAUUACGCGAAGGCAUUCAAAAAGGAUCUGUCUCAGUGUCUAGACAUCUUGUCUGACAUCCUGCUGAACUCCACCAUGGACCCGGAGGCUAUGGAGGUAGAGAAGAGAGUAAUCUUGAGGGAAAUGGAAGAAGUGGAGAAACAAACAGAAGAAGUCAUUUUUGAUCGUCUCCACAUGACGGCGUUUCGUGAUAGUCCUCUGGGUUUUACGAUCUUGGGAUCUGCUGAAAACAUUCAAAAUAUGAAAAGGGAGGAUAUAGUCGACUACAUUUUCCGUAACUAUACCGGAAACCGCAUGGUCGUGGCCGCAGCAGGCGACAUCAACCACAAGGAGCUUGUUGAACACGUGCAGAAGUAUUUUGCUAAUGUUCCCGUCGCCAAAAAGCAAAGCAUUGUGGUGCCAGACGAAAAGCCGUUUUUCUGUGGAUCAGAACUCAUCUACAGAGAUGAUGACAUGGGACCGAUUGCCCAUGUUGCCGUUGGGUUUGAAGGUGUGCCUUGGAAAUCCCCAGACUGUGUGGCUUUCAUGCUGAUGCAGUCAAUCAUCGGUAGCUACAGGAAGCACGACGAAGGAAUCGUCCCUGGGAAGCUUAGCGCCAACUCCACUAUUCGUAAUAUCUCCACAAAGAUGCAAACUGGCUGCGCAGAGAUGUUCUCGGCCUUCAACACGUGCUAUAGAGACACCGGACUCUUCGGGUUUUAUGCCCAAUGUGACGAAGUCGCAGUUGAGCAUUGUGUCCUGGAGCUUAUGCACGGGAUCACAUCUCUCUCUUAUAGCGUGACGGAUGAGGAAGUAGAGAGGGCGAAGGCGCAGCUGACGACACAAUUAUUGGGACACUUGGAUUCGACGACUGCCGUUGCUGAAGAUCUCGGGAGACAGAUCCUGGUGUACGGACGGCACAUUCCGACUGCAGAGUUCCUGACACGGCUGAAUGCCAUUGACGCAGAUGAAAUAAAAAGGGUGGCAUGGAAGUAUUUGCACGACCGGGAAGUUGCCGUCAGUGCCAUGGGCCCUCUUCAUGGAAUGCCACAGCUGAUCGACAUCCGACGUGCCACUUACUGGUUGCGCUACUAA